GCAUCACCGUCCAAAGCACUCAAGCAGCUUUUGCUAUACCUCCGUCGCCGAUACAAGGCCCAGCAGGCGCAUAUAGUCUCAGCUCAAGAGACCACACACACGGCAUGGAGGCCAACACACCCGCACAGCAGGCAGGAGGAUCGCCAGCGGUCAACCCAACCCAGGCACCACCCACAGAGCCUGCAAGCGCGCCUUCACAGCCCGCAGCGGGGCCUGAUACUCAGCCAGUCGUGCAGGAUAUAACGGCUCCAUCUGCUCAGCAACCUACAGCUCCUGCAGCAAGCAAUACAACGUCACAAGCGCAACCACCCACACAGGCACCUCCACAACACACAGGUGACGAAUCGGCGCCUGCAGACGCGAGUAUCGUCCCUGUUCCUGCGCCGUUGCCGUAUUUCCAGCAACAAGAAAACAGUGCAAGUGCUGUGCCUUUGCCUAGUUUUGCCGUUGCGACUGCAGGGAGUACAGCAGCAGGUUUGAUCCCAGCACCGACAUCAGCGCAGGAUGACAUAGCAGCCGCGAAGCAGGAAUCACCUGUCGCUUCAGCAAGACGGGAGACUUCACCUGGCACUGAUACAUUUCCUGCGGUGGACGGUUCGUUGCAGGCUCCUGCGUCUGCUGGAACGGCUGCUCAGACACAAGCGCAGCAGCAACAGUCAGCAGCAACGCAACAGACUAUUCUUCAAGCAGCACAGAGGGCGGCGGAUCAAGGCUAUCGUCCACUCAACGUCAAAGAUGCGCUUUCGUACCUCGAUCAAGUCAAGAUUCGCUUUUUCGAUCAACCGGAUGUGUACAAUCGCUUUUUGGACAUCAUGAAGGACUUCAAGUCACAGAGUAUCGAUACUCCAGGCGUCAUCGAACGCGUCAGCACCCUUUUCAGAGGACAUCCAGAGCUUGUGCAGGGCUUCAACACGUUCCUCCCACCAGGCUACCGUAUCGAGUGCUCGUCUGACCCCUCUGAUCCCAAUCCGAUCCGUGUGACGACACCUCAAGGCACAGUUAAUCAGGUGAAUGGGCAACAUGGUGGGCCGACUCGAUUCUCUGCACCGGUCGCGCCUGGAUCGACAGCGACUGGUCAGGGAACAUGGCGUACAGAUGAUCAGUAUGCACAAAACGCAGCGUAUGGUAUGACGAUGGUCAGUCAGGCCGCCAACCAGGGUCCGCCCUCCAAUGGCAGUACGGGAAAUCUGGGCAACAACGGCAAUGGUGGUGAAAAGAAGCCAGUUGAAUUCAACCACGCCAUCAACUAUGUCAACAAAAUCAAGACGCGCUUCUCCAAUGAACCCGACACCUACAAACAUUUUCUCGAGAUUCUACAAACAUACCAAAAAGAUGCACGUCCGAUUCAGGAGGUGUAUAGUCAAGUCACAGAGUUGUUUAAAGGGGCUCAAGACUUGUUGCAGGAUUUCAAGCAAUUCUUACCGGAAAACAAUGCAGGUGCGAGUGCUGCAGCACGGAUGCCAGCCGUCGGUACGUUUGCACCACCACAACAGGCAAGUGCCCCAACUGCUUCAUCGACGCGUGGUGACAAGAAACGUAGACCUGCUGCAGAGCCUCAACGUGGAUCGGGUGCAAAGAAGGGAAAGUCUACGCAUAGGCAAUCUGAAGCACAAUCGCAACAGCAACAUGCUCAGCAACAGGGGCAACAGCAAGGACCUGUAUCACCAAAUCUACUGCCCAGCGCUCCGGAACCACUACAUGCGAUGCAUGCGAGGGCGAGUGCGAAUGUCGAGGAACUUGCCUUCUUUGAGCGUGCUAAAAAGUACAUCAACAAUAAGGCCACAACGGUGGAAUUUUUCAAAGUGUUGAAUCUGUUCACGCAGGAGAUUAUUGACAAGAAUACACUGGUCGAGCGGAUUGAUGCGUUUAUUGGGCAGCACAAGGAUUUGAUGGAUCAAUUCAAAAAAAUUGUGAAUUACACGGGUGCUGAUGAGACGUUUGAGAAUUUGCCAGCGACAACGAGACCCAAGGUUGAUUUGUCGCUUUGCAAGGCGUUUGGUCCGUCGUAUCGACAACUGCCAAAGUCAGAGACACUUUUGCCUUGCUCUGGUAGGGAUGAUAUGUGCUGGGAAGUGCUCAACGAUGUAUACGUGUCACAUCCGACGUGGGCCUCUGAAGAUGCUGGUUUCGUUGCGCACAAGAAGAAUCAGUAUGAGGAAGCUCUUCACAAGAUUGAGGAAGAGCGGUACGAGUACGACUUGAACAUUGAGGCGAAUCUACGGACAAUUCAGCUGCUUGAGCCUAUUGCGCAGCGCAUCUCGACGAUGAUGGAGGAGGAAAAGAGGCAAUUCAAGCUGCCACCUGGACUCGGAGGUCAAUCGAUCGCCAUUUACCAAAAAGUCAUCAAGAAAAUAUACGACAAGGAACGUGGGCAAGAAGUGAUUGACCAGAUUCACGAGAACCCUGUUAUUGCUGUGCCUGUUGUGUUGAAGAGACUCAAGCAAAAAGACGAAGAGUGGAAGCGUGCGCAACGUGAGUGGAAUAAAGUAUGGCGGGAAACAGAGGCCAAGAACUACUACAAGUCGCUUGACCAUCAAGGCGUCUACUUCAAGACAAUCGACAAGAAGAGUAUGAUGGCGCGUAACCUCAUCAGCGAGAUUGAGACACUUCGCCGCAUGCAAGCUGAACGACGCGUCUCACCUGCUGCGCCGCGUCCUGCAUUCCAGUAUGAAUACAACAUGCGCCACCACGACAUUUGCAUUGAUAUCAGAAAUCUCCUGACAAUCCAGAUUGAGCGCAUGUCUGUCUCUGCUGCAGAACGCGAACGCAUGUUGACGUGGUCAACGACUUUCAUUCCACUCUUCUUUGGCAUCGAUGCAUCCACCAUUGUUGAAAGUAUUGGCGGUGAGGCAGAGAGCUUGUCAAGACCGACGGGUGGUGUCAGCACACGCAGGAAGAAGGCUGGUGAAGAGGUUGAUUUGCUCAAAUCCAUCAUGAAACGGACUCGAGAAGCGGUGCAUCGCAGGAAUAAGCAAUCUGCAGACGGCGAGACGCCUGAACUCGAAUCACAACCGCCGUCGCGUGUUUCGACGCCUGCAUUGGAUAAAGACUCGGAUGCUGAUGCUGAAGCAAGUCAAGAUACACCUAUGGUUGAUGAGGAGGAGACACCGGAUACCGAAGACGCUAUCAAUCUAGCUGCGCAAGAAACACGUGUUUGGACGGAACUCAAUACGGAUCCAAAAACAAAAGUCGCAGGGACGAUUGUUCAACCGGCCGAUGAUGCACCUGAAGCGGAGCAACGGACAGUCUUCAACUUCUUUUCAAAUUCGGCAUUUUACUGCUUCUUGCGGUGGUUCCAGAUGGUGUAUGAUCGCUUGGCGACACUCAAAUCUCUCGAGGAAGAGGUGACGAGGGAGCUCAAGCUUCGAAAGCCCAACACCACAGCUGUGCAGCUGGGUCUUGUUCAAGCACGCAUGGUUGCUCUUGGCCUUGAUUUUGAUGAUGAUGCGAAUCAUUAUCAGCAGCUCUUGGCCCUUGCUGAGCAAUUGAUUGAAGGGACAACGGAUCAAGCGUCGUUUGAAGACAUGCUUCGAUACAUCUAUGGUACCAAGGCUUUCAAAGUCUACACUAUUGAUAAGCUGGUUGGCUUGAUGGCGAAGCAGAUUCAAUCGAUCGUCAACGAAGAGAAGAAUGUCGCGCAAACACAAGCCUUCACGAAGGACCGCGUCAAGCAAAUCAUUACCCCGCGAGAACAAAUCAUCUACCGUAUCCAGACUGAGACGACCAUUGGCCAGAAUGAGCAGCUUUAUCGACACGAAUGGAACAAUGCAACGAGAGUCUUGCGCAUCCAGCAUGUUGGCAAAGAUGACGCCUCGUUGGCAGAUGCAGUGACCAAGGAAGAAGCCUGGAAGUACUACAUUGAUUCAUGGACUAUUGCAAAGCCGACGUAUGGUGUUCCACAGGAUAGUGUCAAGCCGUGCUUGGAUCGCAAUCUGCAACACUUUGUGGUAGGCGAAGAUGAGGCUGCCAUGUCGGAACGUUACCAGGACGCACGCUUCAUUCAGAGCCACUUGCAGAUGAAGGUUUGCAUCAAUACCUACAAGAUCUUCUAUGUGCCACAUACGGAGGAUAGGCUGUUAUUGCGCGGACCCAAGGCGGCGUAUGCAACGCAAGAGGCAGCUGAGGCGAGCAUCAAGGAAAAGGCGGAGAAGUUCCAUGCACUGGUUGAUGAACGGCUGCCGGCUUCUGUGAAGAAGCUUGGCGAGGAGGACCAACUGGGCCGCGUCUUCAAAGCGCCGCCAGAGGAGGUUGCAGCAGAUGCGGCCGCUGAUGUGGAGAUGGCAGAUGCCUGAUGCGUUCUCUGUGUGUGUUCCGUCCAAUCGGAUCACUUGUAAACUGUACGUACUGGAGCAAGCAUGUAGUCAUGGUGCAUUUGUUAAUCUAGAAUCUUUGUCCCUGCUGUUCCAAGUCGACGAGAGAGAAGGACGAUUGCGUCGCGAAUAAGACAUCAAAUGCUCUCACUCCUCGUCAAACUUCUGGACGUGUAGGUAUGGCUGGUCUUGAAAAUGACUCAACGGCAAGACUGUUGUUGUCUGACAGAGCACUACUCGGGCUCGUCCCAUGUAUAGACAACCUUGGAAGUCAGGGGUAAGUUACCAUCUGAAGCGCUCAUUUGCCACUGAAGAGGGCGUCCAUUCAAUUGAGUUGCAACUCAGGGACGAGAGUAUUGCGCUGUGCAUUUGGUGGGAUGAGUGAGUUGACCUGCUCACCAAUAAAUCUAUUAGGUCAGGUGGAUUGAGGUGAGGAAGGCUCAAGUGA